AUGCAGGUCUCCGAGGUGACUGAUGAGGAGGUUCAACUCUUACACGACGAAGACUAUGAGCGGUUCGAACUCGACGAUGCGUCUCAGCCACGGCGGCAACUACAAGACCAAUCAGGCUCAAGGGGAUUCUGGUCAAGAAACAGGGCCCCUAAAUGGCUCGCCUUCCUCUAUGGCCCUGACCCGCCCAAGAUCCAUACUAUCAACCCCAUAUUCCCUUCGGUACAGCAACUUCCUAGGAAAUGGCUUGAGAAGGCGCUACCGGGACGAUGGCAACGAAUAGGCCUCCUGAUUCUGUUCCUCCUCGCCUGGGCCACCUCACUUGCCAUCCCCUUGAUUCUCAGCAAGGGGACAGCCACCGACGCAUCCGGUGCGGCCAUCCGCCAUAUUGACUGCGUCGAUACCCUCUGGAAACGCAACAACGAGUGCGGCCUCGACGGAAUCAACUGCCGUCCUUUCUCCAACACUUCUUUUGCCUUCCGCUGCCCGGCCGACUGUGCCAGUGUCCGCGUGUUGAACCCGCAUCAUGUCGGGAACCAGGACGUCAACUUCCGGCCUUUAGUUGUCGGUGGUGGUGGCAACGGCCCUUACCGCGGUGACUCCUUCCUCUGCGGCGCCGCCAUCCACGCGGGCGUCAUCCGCGAUACCACGGGCGGGUGCGGCGUCGCGACCCUCGUGGGAGAGUACUACCAGUACUUCUCCUCCUCCCAGCACAACAUUGAAUCGAUCCCCUUCGACUCCUACUUCCCGCUCUCCUUCACCAUCACCGCCGACCCCACCCUCAAAUGCACCGCCCCCGACCCGCGCUGGACCGUCUCCCUCCCGCUCUCCAUCCUCUUCACCGUCCUCCUCACCAUCUUCACCACCUCGCCGGCCCUCUACUUCUUCACCACCUUCCUCGGCAUAUUCACGCACGUCGCGCUGGUCUCAGACCCGCCCAACCUCUCGACCCCCUCCACAACCUACCUCCUCCCCUCCCUCAUCUCCCACUACGCCGGCCGCCUCCUCCCAGCCAUCUUCACCGCAGCCAUCAUCUACCUCACCAGCGUCCGCCACACCCUCUCCCCACCACCACCACCCGAUUCCCCCCACCCCCCCCACCCAAAAAACCACCCCCUCGAAACCACCCUCCUCCACCCUCCUUCCUCCUCUAGGUAUAGGGGGUGGUUUGCGGAACAGCCGUUGGAGGAGCAGGUUUUCAAGUGGACGAGGGAGGCUGGGAGGGUGGUGGAUGAGUAUUUUGGGUUUGGGUUCGUUACUGAGGGCGGGAGGGCGUUGGAUUACACCGAAGCUGGAACGUGGUUCGCGAAUGGAAGCUGGAGUCAGGGGGCUGGGUACUGGUGA